CUGUGACAGCGGCGAGCGCGCGUAGUCCAUUCGGUCGCCGGUCCCCGUACGCGCGUCAGCGUUCUGGGAUCUGUUUUCGGUACCGGCGGCGGGUCGGUUCAAAAUUACCGCGCCGUGUUCCGUCGCAAUAUGCGUGCGGACGCGUCAUUAUCCCGCGGGCUCCUCGUUAGACGAUUCUACUCGUCCGGUUUUCAAACUGACGGAACUGAUCGGAUAUUUAAAAUUGUCCGAGCAACAUCGAAACCCGUCGGAUCGCUAAUCCCGGUAGAAUCAAACACGUCCAACGUGGAGCACACGGAUUGUGUUGCUGUUGUCAAUGUUAUCAAUUUCAAAUCGCUUCGUCUUGGGGCCUCCGGCCAUCUCCGCUCACUCGUUCAUGUCGAAACUUACUCGGAAGUAACCCUCGAUUUAUUAUGCAAAAUCACGUAGCGUAGAUUUCGGGAGAAAAAUUCGAAACAAUUUAAUAAUUAUUCUAUGAUCGUCGGCGUAGAACCCGAAAACUAUGGUCAGUGUAAAUAUAAAUAUAUUAGGUAUCGAUGUCUUCUCCUUCUCAUUUGCCUUUAUCCCAACUAUUUGGAGUUGGCCACCCUCGUGACUUUGCGAUACAAUACGACAUUUCCGCGCUCCCGCGAUUGCAAUGGACUAAUUGCCAACGGGGAAUGCUUCUUAAAUACUGAAAUGGAUGCCAGAAUACCUAUAUGCAUUUUUUUUUUCUUUUCUGAUCGUGCGAAGGUUUCCCCGUUUUAACGUAUACGUCGGGUCGCCGAUAUUAUCGUCUCGUGAAAGAAAUCCGUCUCUCCGACCACGGUCUUAGAAGAUAUGAUCGCGAUACUUGGCUAUCAAACAUUCAAACACGACCGUCUAGAAAGACAGUUGUAGUACCUAUUUUAUCUGAUAUUUCAAUAUAACGCGACGUACGUGACUUUGACGUUUAUAAACAUAAAAGAUAAUUAAAUCGAUAAAUUCAAAAAAAAUGUAUAUAUAUUUAUAUAGGUACCCGUUAAUUUUCAAUAUUUUUAAACAAUCCCGUGAAGUUCGGUUUGAUGAGGCGCCCUCUGAGAAAAAGGUAAAAAGAUUAACUUGCCUCUCUAAACGACUUGCAAAUUAAUACAGAGGAGAUAGCCAGAGCUAUUAUUUUCUAAGACCUUGAUCUCGACGAUAAUAAAGUAAUGUGCUGCGCGGUUGAAUAGUAUGCAUAUAAUUUAUAGGCAAGUUAUAAUUCGCAUCGUCACUGUUGCAAAGUAUUUGUGUUUAAAUACUUUUUUUUUUUGAUAUUGAAUACUAAAAUUAUUUAUUGGGUCCUUUUUUUGCUUGAUAAACCUCCCUAUAGAAAAUCAAUACACAUAGUAUGUAAAGGUACAAAACCACUACCAUUCUGUAUAAAUGGUAACGGUUAAUAAUUAUUCUCAUAUGAAAUGGGAUAUUUUUACGGCUUCCUAAAAGCGGUUAAGUUCGAAAUUGCAAUUUUUCAGAAACACGAAACCAAAGUUUUUUCUCAUUUCAAAGUUACAACGCUUAAAUUAUAAAACGCUAAACGAAAAUAAUCAAAAAAAUAUUAAACUUGAAUUAUAUCCCUAAUAAUGUACGUAUACUAUAUAGAUGUGAAUAUAUAAAAAAAAAAAACAUUUUAGUCUAUUAAAACUUAACACAAAGUAGAUAUCAUAUUUUUGCUGGAUAUCUUAUUAUGUUCAUUCCCGCGAUAUUGCACAUAACAAUGAUAUCAGAUAACCAUUUAAACCAAUUAGUUAUGGAUUAAAAUUUGAAUUUUACGAUGACACGACCCCAUUCCCGGAAAAAUGAACUUAACCACUUUUAUCCAAAGGUCUUCGAUAUCACGUUGAUUGAUAAACUUCAAAUUAUAUAUUAACCGGUCUAAUAAUACAGUGUAUGACUUAAACAAAAAACUAUAAAAUUACUAUAGUACCUGUAAUAAGUUCAAGUACGUGUUGACUAGACAGAAAAAAAAAAUUGUGUAUUGAAAAUCAACGUAAUUUCUCUU